CAAACAGGCACUGUAUCAGCAGAAGGGGCCUGAGGGUAUAAAAGAGAAGUGGGCAGAAGACUCCAGUACAGAAAGUUUCAGGAGACUGCAGACAUGCUCAGGUUUCUUGUGUUUACCUCGCUCACAGCCCUCGUGCUGGCUGAGCUGACGCCUGAGCCCAGGUACCUGGAGGAUGACAGUGUUGAGGAGAGAGUUGUGGGAGGCGAGGUGGCCAGACCAAACUCCUGGCCCUGGCAGAUCUCUCUUCAGUUCAAAUCCGGCAGCAACUUCCACCACACCUGUGGAGGAACCCUGAUCAGGAGAGGAUGGGUCAUGACCGCUGCUCACUGUGUGGACAGGUCCAGGACUUGGCGUGUUGUUCUUGGAGAUCACAACAUCAACUCUCACGAGGGCAACGAGCAGUACAUGAGUGUGAGCCGCGUCCACAUCCACCCUAGGUGGAACUCCAACAACGUUGCUGGAGGGUGGGACAUCGCCCUGCUGCGUCUGUCCACUGAAGCUUCUCUCAACAACAACGUCCAGCUCGGCGCCCUGCCUCCCUCUGGUCAGGUCCUGCCCCACAACAACCCCUGCUACAUCACUGGAUGGGGUCGCACCCAGACCGGAGGUCAGCUGUCUGCUCAGCUGAAGCAAGCCUACCUGCCUGUUGUCGACCACAGGACCUGCUCCAGCUACGGAUGGUGGGGCAGCACCGUGAAGGACUCCAUGGUCUGUGCUGGUGGUGGCAGGGACUCCGGUUGCCAGGGUGACUCCGGCGGCCCCCUGAACUGCAGUGUCAACGGCAAAUGGGUUGUCCACGGUGUGACCAGCUUUGUGUCUUCCUCCGGCUGCAACGCCAACAAGAAGCCCACCGUCUUCACCCGUGUCUCUGCCUACAUUAGCUGGAUGGACAGCAUCAUGGGUUGAGAAGAGCGAUCUCCAUGGUGACGGGAGCACACUCUGGAUUCAUCUCAGGUUCUGCACAACUCCAUCAGAAUAAAAUGUCCUGUAAUGUGCAUUUUA